UUGCUGAUGGACGGAAAAGUGACGCUCAAAAAGUUGCUAAAUCAAAACAAAUCAAUAAACUAAAAUAUGACCGACGAGGACAGUAACGAAGCCCCAUACGUCGUAGAGAAAGUUUUAGAUCGACGAAUUACAUCUGCCGGUAAGAUCGAAUAUUACCUGAAGUGGAAGGGAUACUCCGAUGCGGAUAACACCUGGGAGCCUGAGGAAAAUCUAGACUGUCCCGAACUGAUAGCAAAGUACGAGGAAGCUCGCCGACAGAAAGAGUUCAAGGAGGCAAAGAAAAAAUCAGCCAAAAAGAAACUGGAGGAAAUUAGUAAACCCCGCGGCUAUGACCGAAACCUGCCGUUGCAGCGCAUUGUCGGAGCCACGGACUGUGGCGGCGAGUUGAUGUUUCUCGUGCAAUGGCAGGGUUCCGAUGAGAUGGAUAUUCUGCAGGCUGCUACGGUAAACGAAAAAGACCCUCAGUUGGUCAUCGAGUACUACGAGGCCAAAAGCAAGAUUGUAGAGAAGGCCAAGGAACGUGCAAAAUUCGCCGCCUACGAGGAAGAGCGCCCAGAGACGGUCGAGGAAGAAUUUCAAACUAUUUCCGGGACGGAGAUUCCCAGUACAGAACUCGAACAACUGAUAGAAGGAUGAAUGAGUUACACGUGCUUCUAUACCUACGUGGUAAAAGUACAUACAUUGAUUAUUCAAAGCUUCUGAAGUAAGCAGCUAGAGACAAGGUGUUUUACAAUUUAAUUUACAUCUUUUUAAGACUUACAUUAAGAUAUAAAACUUCACAAAACACAAAUUAAA